AUGCAGAAGAUAUCGAAAUUCAUCAAAGGACAUGUCAGAUCUCAGUCUCAAGGAGAUGUCUCCGCGCAAGUUCAUCUAGCAAAUGAUGCGUUUCCCCAAGAACAGGAUAUAUACCGAUACCGCAAGCAGCGCGGUGUUAACCUCGGUUCAUGGUUUGUUCUCGAGAAGUGGAUAGCAGACAGCCCCUUCCGGUCAGCGGCUUCUCCAGGCUCAAGCGACCUCGACGUCGCCCGUGGCGAGAAUGCAAGGGCUAUCCUCGAGCACCACUGGGACACCUGGAUCACAGAUGUGGACUGGGCUUAUGUCGCAAGUAAGGGCAUCAAUACCGUCCGAAUCCCCAUUGGUUAUUAUCACCUCUGCGGAGCGGACCCUUCUGUGCUACCUGGGACCGACUUCGCGGACUUCCAGCACGUAUUUGAGGGAGCAUGGCCUCGUAUCACUGCUGCAAUCGAGAGCGCUUACCGACAUGGUAUUGGCGUACUCUUAGAUCUCCACGCCGCUCCCGGUAAACAGAACCACGAUUCGCAUGCCGGUACCUCGAACAAUCCAAAGUUCUUCUCCAAUAAAAAGCACAUGCAUCACGCCGUGCACGUUCUUGAGGUCCUACUCUCUCAAGUCAAGGCCUUCUGCAAUUCCAGGUCUCCCCCGUUACCUAAUGUGGUGGGCAUCGAGCUCCUCAACGAGCCGCAGCCGAACGGCAACCACAAGGCUCUGGAAAACUGGUACACCGACGCUACCCGAGCGCUACGCUCGAUCGAUAGCACGAUUCCCAUCGUCCUCAGCGAUUGCUGGUGGACGGAGAACUAUGUCAACUACGUCGCAAGCGCGAAGACGCCUCUACUCGUGAUCGACCAUCAUCUUUACCGCUGUUUCACAUCUGGGGAUGCGGCAACGCCCGUCUCGCAACACAUACAGAACUUGUCGGAUACCAACGCGGGGACGCCGAAACAGUUCGCUACGGCCGUGGAGAAACUCGAAAGCGCCGGCGGUGGCCUGAUCGUCGGAGAAUGGUCAGGAGCGCUGAAUCCGAAGUCGCUCGAAGGGCUCGGGUCCAACGAGUCGGCGGCGAAAAGGGAUUACGUCAAAGCAGAGCUCGAUCUCUUCGAGCGCCUAUGCUCAGGAUGGUUCUUCUGGACGUACAAGAAGGAACAUGGGGGCGAUACGGGAUGGAGCUGGCGGACGGCGGUGGAGCAAGGCGUGUUUCCUCCCUGGAUAGGUCUACGAGCUUCUCGUACCGUCGACGACCCGAACGAAAUCCAGGAAAGGCGGGACGCCGCGCGGGAUAAGUCGUUGGGUACGCUGACGAAAACUUAG